AUGAAACAUCGUCAUCAGCUGCCCACCGCCAAAGAGGCCCGCUAUUGGUACUGUCCUGACGUUAUCCUGCUCCCUCCGUUGGUGCCGCCUCGACACCCAAAAGCCCUAUUACAGCAGGGGUUCCUCGGCCUCUGCGACUCUUCUGCGUCAUAUCCUUUGCAUUCCCACACACAACCGUUACCCCUCCUUGUGCUCUUCAGCCUCCUGGGAUCCUUCUACUGUUUUUACUGUGUCCCUCUGGUUGCCUGGCUGCCUUUUCUCUUCCCGCCUCAUCUUCCGCAGAAGCAGCAGACAACCAAAGACAGACACUGUGAAGAGAACUGCGAGAGAAAGAGAGAGUUAGGCAGUGAGAUAGGCAGUGCUUGGGCUGGAGCAAUGGCCGACUAUAGAACCACCCGGGUCUAUCGAGAACGCCGCGAAAGUGAUUCUGACGACGAGCGCUUCAAGAGCACCACCGUUACCCGAUACAAGGUCAACCAGCCGCGAAUAGAACGAUACGACCGCACUGAGAAGUUUAUUGAGAUGGACGACGAACGACGCUCGCGCUACUCCGGUCCUGGAGAGCGCAACAACGACUAUGUAGAGUAUGAGCGGAGAGAGCGCUACGUCCCCGACAGGCCGCGCUCCGCCGUCGAUGUUGAGGGCGACCGCACUCGCACCGUCUUUUACGAGCGAGAUGUUGAGCGCCGUGAGACGGACCGCGACUGGGAGAGACGCCCCCGCCAUCAUGAUGAGGACGUGCGCAUCGAAAAGAGGGUUGAGGAGCGCUUCGACGACAACCACGGCCACGAGGUUGAGCGUUAUCGCAAGGAAACCGAGUAUUACCGAGAGCCGGAGCACUCUUCGCCUGUUGUUGUGCGCCAGCGCGCCCCGGACCAGAAAAUCAUUGUCCAGGAAGCGCCCCCGCAGCAGAUUGUCAUUCCCAGACAGGACCCGAACAUCAUUGUGCUCAGGGAGAGAGAGGGCGAGCGGGAGAUCGCCCGUGUUCCCUACGACGAAGAGUAUUAUUACCGCCGUGAGCGGAGAGAGGUCGGCGACCGCCGCCAGCACCGCCGCGAUGACUACCACAGCGACGAGGAUGACUAUUACUACUCUCGCCGCACCGUUCGCCGCAACCGCAGCCAGAGCUCGGAUCACCACAAGCGCCACCUCGCCGAGGGUGCCCUUGCCGGCGCUGGCAUCACUGCCCUGCUCUCAAGUCGUCCCAAUGAGUACGGAGAGGUCGCCGAGGGUCGAGGCAAGAAGGUCCUCGCCGGCGCUGCUCUGGGAGCUCUUGGGACCGAGGCCAUCAGGCGAGCUCACAGUGCAUACGAGGAUCGCUGGGGAGACGGCGACGAAUCCCCCGAUCGCCACUCUACGCUCAAAAAGAGUCUCGGCAUUGCGGCGGUUGCUCUCGCUGCGGCCGGUGCCGUCAAGUACCACCAGGCCAGCAAAGCCGAAAAGGAAGAAAAACGCCGGGGCCGCAGCCGGGGCCGUGGCUACUAUUCCGGCGAUGACUAUUCUUCUCGCUCUCGCUCUCGCUCGCGCCGACCCAGCCGUAAGCGCAGCCUUUCGACCUUGGCCAAGGCCGCCGUCGGGACCGCCGCCGCCGCCGGCCUGGUCAAGCAUUUCCGCGACAAGUCAAAGUCGCGAUCCAAGUCACGACAUGGGAGCAGAUCUCGUAGCAAGUCGACGUUGCGGCGUGGCGCUGAGCUUGCCGGCGCCGCUGCCGCCGCUGGCAUAGCCGGCAAGGUGUGGAAGGACCACCACGACAAGAAGAAGGAGAGAGAGAGAGAGGCUUCGACCUCUCGUGGAUUCAGCGAUGACGAUCAUCACGAUCGCGAUUAUGAUAGACGCGACUCUCCCAGCAGAAGCAGGAGCAGGAGCAGGAGCAGGUCGAGGGCCAGAUCCCUUUAUUCCGACACCGCGGCUGAUCCUGGGCUAGGCUUGAUUGAGUACGGGCACGAUCCCCUACCACCCGAUCCGCGCUCUCCCACGGGCCAAGGAUAUGAAUCCGAGGCCGAGGAGAGGCGACGAAACCGACAGAGAAGACGUGAAAGAGACCCUUCCUCUUCUGGAUCCGAUGAAGAGAGGAAGCGGAGCAGCAGCAGGAGCAGGAGUGAGCUACGAGACGCAGCGGCCGCGGGCGCAGCGGCUGCUGGGAUUAAAGCGUACAAGGACCGCAAGGAUAGAGAGAAGAAGGCAAAGGAAGAGGAGAGGCGCGAGGUGAGGAGAGAGGAACGGAGAGACGAGAGACGAGAGGAGAAGAGAGAGAGGCGCUCCAAGGAGAGGCGCUCAAGGGAGCGCGAUGAGCAAGGACAACGCUAUCCCGAUGUCCCUCCCAACGGCGGCUUCUUUGACCAAGGCAGGCCGCACUCCCCCCCAACUGCCUCUGGCGGUGCCUACUACCCCCCUUACCCCAUGACUCCGGGAUCGAGCACUCCCGGAACCGCUCCCCCUCCUACCAGCAUUCCUCCCCCAGCUCCGCCUCCACCGCCAGCGGUCCCGCCGCCCGUUGGUGUUCCGCCGCGAGAGCACAGCUACACGCCAUAUACUGAUCCCAACGUGCCUCCACCUCGGGAGUACCACCCCUACGUGCCACAAGACUACCACGGGUAUGCUCCUCCGCCUCCGCCGGCCGGUCCCCCGCCACCCUCCGGACCGCCGCUUCGCGUCAACUCCUCGGGAAUACCCGGUUACGCACCUCCACCGCCGGCUGGUCCGCCCACUUCGGGUCCGGCACCUCCGCCCGGACCUCCCCCUGCAGGACCACCGGCGGGCGGCAUCUUCCCGAAUGAUCAAGUGAGUGACCUCUCCAGAAGCAACAGUCUGCCUAAUCAGAAAGGUGGACGACAUGAGGAGGUUGUAAAACCGCUCAAGGCACUGCCACCGCCUCGCAUCGAGAUUCCCCCGAUUGUGUUUCCCAUUCGUAGGAGAAAGUCUGUGUCGUUUGGACCGCUUUCUCCGACGAGUUCCAAGACAAUGCAGAGGCACAAAAAGGAGCACGACGUCAAGUCUGAAUCAGACAGUUCCGAGCCUGAGGACGACAAGCGGCGCGAGAAUCAAUUCAAGCGGUCGAGCCGCCACCGUCGAUUAACAUCUGACACGACGCACGACCGCUCUCCCAACCGCGAUGGCGAAGGUAGACGUCGGAGACACCGUCACUCUGAUUCAGACGACGAUGUUGAAAAUCUACCUGAUCGUUUCGACUCGCAUGGUAAACCACUGGAUGGCGGACGUCACGGCAAGAGCCGCGUCGUUACUCGAAGCGGCGAGUUUCACCGUCCAGCACAACGGCCUGGCGGCUUGGAUGUCCACGGCGGAUGGGCGCUUGGCGGAACUGACCCCGAGCAAAUCGAAAAACUGGUGAGAAACGUGACGGGGGCUCUGGAGGGGCGACGCAGCUGGGUGAGUGUGAUUGGGGAGGUUCUCGGUGGUGACAUGCUGGGACAGUUGGCGGGACCGUUGGCGGGAGUAUUGCAACCCCCUGGUGGUGGUGGUGGUGGUGGUGAGGGAGAGGGGAGACGCAGACAGAUUGAGGAUGAUGAUGAUGAUAGGGAGAGGAGACACAAGAGGCGGAGAUGA